UCAACAGUCUUUCUAAAGCGCGUCUCUGACACGCGCCAGCUCUUUCACUGUGUAGCUUCACGAGCCAUAUGCGCCUCAGAGCCUGCGCUUUCAUGCGCGCAAAAAUUGUUAGGUUAUCUCCUUGAUUAACAAAUUUCUCCCGCGCUCUUCAAAAUUACAGAGACAGAGCCAUGCUGGUCACGCCCAAAACUGCAUCAAUCUUCUGGGUCUCUCUCCCUUUCCACCAUAGCAAUCCUGUUCCUAAGGGAAACAAUGUCGAACCCAAAACUGGUUUCGUUUUCUUCAAACCAGGUUGGGUAACCCCUCCAAUACUUACCAAAUCGGGUAGUUCUUGUACGACAGCCCGCGCCUCCGCUUCGUCCACCAUUUACGAAGUUGUGGAUGUUAAUAACGAGAUUUGUAGUUUAUGUCGAGUGGGUAAUUUGAGAAAUGCCAUGCAAAUGCUUUGCAGGUCUCAGAAGUCCGAGCUUGAGACCAAGACUUACUGUUCGGUUUUGCAGCUCUGCGCCGAGCUCAAAUCACUUGAAGAUGGUAGAAAGGUUCACUCAAUUAUUUGUUCUAAUGGCUUACUAGUGGAGGGAGUUUUGGGUUCAAAACUUGUUUUUAUGUAUGUUAGUUGUGGAGAUUUGAGAGCUGGAAGACAGGUUUUCGAUAAUGUUGCUAAUGAAAAGGUCUUUCUUUGGAAUCUUAUGAUAAACGAGUACGCAAAGAUUGGAGAUUUUGGGGAAGCUAUGUAUUUAUUUAGGAAGAUGAAUGAGGUGGGAACUGAAGCGAAUUCUCGUACCUUUACUUGUGUUUUAAAGUGUUGUGCGGCCUUAGGAAAUGUAGAAGGCGGAAAGCAGGUUCAUGGUUAUUUGUUAAGAUUGGGUUUUAGUUGUGACAACUCGGUUGUGAAUUCUCUAAUUGCUUUCUACUUCAAGGGUGGAAGAGUUGAAAGUGCAAAGAAGUUGUUUGAUGAACUGAGUGACCGAGAUGUUAUAUCGUGGAAUUCUAUGAUAAGUGGGUAUGCCUCCAAUGGUUUUGCUAAAAAGGGACUUGAGAUUUUUAAAGAGAUGCUAUAUUUGGGAGUUAGGGUAGAUUUGGCAACAAUGGUGAAUGUUCUUGUGGCUUGUGCAAGUAUUAGUACCCUCUGGUUGGGUAGACCACUUCAUGCUUAUGCAAUAAAAGCUUGUUUUGAUGGAGAAAUCAAGUUUAACAAUACUCUACUGGACAUGUAUUCAAAAUGUGGCGAUCUGGAUGCUGCAGUUCGAGUUUUUGAGAAGAUGGGCAAAAGAAGUGUCGUGUCGUGGACUUCAAUGAUAUCAGGUUAUGUCAGAGAAGGUCUAUCGGAUGGGGCAAUUAGAUUAUUCUACGAGAUGGAAAGAAAUGGUGUUAGCCCUGAUCUUUUUACCAUCACAAGCAUCCUUCAUGCUUGUGCUUGUAAUGGCUCUUUGGAUGGUGGCAGGGAUGUGCACACCUAUAUAAAGGAAAAGAAAAUGGACUCAAGUUUGUCUGUGUCUAAUGCUCUCAUGGAUAUGUAUGCAAAAUGUGGAAGCAUUGAAGAUGCUCGCUCAGUUUUUACUCAGAUGCCUGUAAGGGAUAUUAUCUCAUGGAAUACCAUGAUAGGGGGUUACUCAAAGAACUGUCUUCCCAUCGAAGCUCUUAAUUUGUUUUUUGAGAUGCAACGAGUGGUAAAGCCCGACAGCAUAACGAUGGCCUGUAUCCUUCCAGCUUGUGCCAGUCUAGCAGCUCUAGAAAGAGGCCAAGAGAUUCAUGGUCACAUAUUAAGAAAUGGGUAUUCGUCAGAUCAAUAUGUUGUUAAUGCACUUGUUGACAUGUAUAUAAAGUGUGGGGUACUAGUUUUUGCACAGUUACUCUUUGACAUGAUUCCUUCAAAGGACCGGAUCUCAUGGACAGUUAUGAUUGCUGGGUACGGCAUGCAUGGGUUUGGAAGUAAAGCUGUAGCUACCUUUAAUGAAAUGAGAAAUGCAGGUGUUAAGCCUGAUGAAGUUUCCUUUAUUUCUAUACUUUAUGCAUGCAGUCAUUCUGGAUUACUUGAUGAAGGAUGGAGAUUUUUCAACAUUAUGAGAAAUGAAUGCAACAUUGAGCCCAAGUUGGAGCAUUAUGCUUGUAUGGUGGAUCUUCUUGCCCGCACUGGGAAUUUAUCAAAGGCGUAUAGAUUCAUCAAGAAGAUGCCAAUUAAACCAGAUGCCACUAUUUGGGGGGCCUUGCUCUGUGGUUGCAGGAUCCACCAUGAUGUAAAACUAGCAGAGAAAGUCGCAGAACGUGUCUUUGAACUGGAGCCAGAGAACACAGGGUAUUAUGUACUUCUGGCCAAUGUCUAUGCAGAGGCAGAAAAGUGGGAAGAAUUGAAAAAACUGCGUGAGAGGAUUGGUCGGAGAGGAUUGAAAAAGAACCCAGGAUGUAGUUGGAUAGAGAUCAAAGGCAAAGUUAAUGUCUUUGUGGCUGGAGAUGGUUCACACGCACAAGCCAAAAAGAUAGAGUUACUAUUGAAGAGACUAAGAACAGAAAUGAAGGAAGAAGGUUACUUUCCUAAGACAAGGUAUUCUUUAAUUAAUGCAGAUGAUAUGGAGAAGGAAAUGGCUCUCUGUGGGCACAGUGAAAAGUUAGCCAUGGCUUUUGGAAUAUUGAGCCUGCCUCCCAGAAAAACCAUACGAGUCACGAAGAAUCUAAGAGUAUGUGGUGACUGUCAUGAGAUGGCCAAGUUCAUGUCAAAGUCUGCUGGCAGGGAGAUUAUCUUGAGAGAUUCCAAUCGCUUUCACCAUUUUAAGGAUGGCAAUUGUUCUUGCAGAGGUUUCUGGUGAAUCAAGGUGGAGUAUGAGUGUAAAUGUGAAUGUGAAUGAGUUCAUAUCUAGAAUCGCUGCAACUCGAGUUGUUUCUGGAGGAAUGAUUCAUGAGUUGUCAUAAAUUAUGGUUUGUUGACUGAGAUAAACAUAUAUUUGAUCAAGAAUUAGGAUUAGGAUCUCUUUAUAUGUUGAUUAAAUGAAGUUAUGCUAAAUUCACAGAUCAAA